AGCCCAGCUCGGCGAGGGCGCCCAGGCCCGGGCGCGCGGGCUGCGCGCCGCGCUCUUGUGCGACCCGCCCGCCUUCGAGCGCCUGCGGCGGGAGUGGCGCCAGUGCAGGCACGUCUGCGGGGGGCGCGCGGCCGCCUUCUGGAGCGGCUCCCUGGACACGGCCUCCGAGGCGCACGCGUCCCGCGUGGCGCGCCUCAGCCGGCUGCGCGGUGGCCGCACCGGCCUCUCCCUGGAGCUGCCAGAAGCGUGGCUGCCGAGGAUCGGAGGAGGCGCCGCCGGGCGCUCCGGAGGAGCCCCUCUCGGCGGUGCGGCCGGGCACGCACUGGCACGAGUUCUGCCAGCUCUUCGGCGCCGUGGAGCGGGUGGAGUGCGCCGCGGCGGGCGGCGCGCGCGAGAGGCGCGUCGUCACCCUGCUGGCACGCUUCUGCCAGCCCGAGGGCGCACAGAACAUGUACGAGGCGCUCGCAGACAGAUACCUUUUCCGCCCAUGGGACAAGGAGACGGACGAGGGCGAUGCCGAGGAGUGCUUCCAGGUCACGUGUGCCCUGAACGCGGUGGCGGAUGACCUGGCCCGGGCGCUGCUGCUGCGAGGGGAGCCCGUGCUCGACUCGGAGGUGGCCUUCGUGCUCCGCCGCGCCGGGGGCGCCGCGCCGGAGGAGGCCGCCGGCGGGCCGGGCGCGCCGGGGGAGGUGCUGCUCACCAGUAGCAGGCCGCAGCUGGUGCUGGGCAGAGAGCCCGGCGAGGGCGUGGACGUGGCCUUGCGCCGGGCGCACGUCUCCAAGGCGCACGCCGCGCUGUCGCUCCAGGGGCACGGCGGGGAGCUGGCCGCCUUGCUGCAGGACACGUCGUCCAACGGCACCUGGGUGAACGGCGCCAGGCUGGACCCUGGGCGGCCCGUCCACCUGCGGCCGGGGGACCGCGUGAGCUUCCUGCCCCCGGGGGCGCCCGCCUCCGAGCUGGGGGGCGGCCCGCUCGUCUGAUGGCUCGCGCUGCCCGGCCAGCCGGCCUCCGCGCCGCCCCCGGAGCCCGGGCCGCCGGGCACCAUCCGGGAGUGGCUACGCUCGCUGGAGGGCCCCGCGGGCGGGCUGCUGCAGUACGAGGAGGUGCUGCUCAACCAGUACGACGACGUCUCCCAGAUAAGGAGCCUGUACGCGGACAACAUCGGCGCGUUCUUCGAGGACGUUGGUGUGGAGAAUUCCAACCACAAGGCCAGUUUCCGGCGCGCCCUCAUGAGGCUGCGGGGCGUCUGAUGCGGCAGCCCGCCGGGAACGCGUGCGCCAAAGGCGUUUCCGCAUUCACUGCCUCUCUUUGUGUCCCCGUCAUCCUAUCAUUGUCC